AUGGCUUGGAUAACUUACAUUUCACAUUGGUAUGAUCAAGAUGAUUGGUACCAAGGACUACAAAGAGCCAACAUGUCUCAGGUAAGGCAAGUGGGACUACUGCCUGCUGGAUGUCAGCCAUGGAACAAAGAUGUAUGUGCUGCCAGUGGAGACAGAUUUGCAUAUUGUGCUACCCUGGCCAUCUAUAUUUAUCAGUUGGAUCAUCGUUAUAAUGAAUUUAAACUUCAUGCAAUUAUGUCUGAACAUAAAAAAACAAUCACAGCAAUUUCUUGGUGUCCACAUAACCCAGAUUUGUUUGCAAGUGGAAGUACUGAUAACUUAGUGAUCGUUUGGAAUGUUGCAGAACAAAAGGUCGUUGCUAAACUCAACAGUACAAAAGGAAUGCCUGCUUUUCUUAGCUGGUGCUGGAACGCAGACAGUGCUGUGGCAUUUGUUUCCCACAGAGGUCCACUAUCAAUUUGGACCAUCUCAGGACCAGAGAGUGGAGUGACUGUGCACAAAGAUGCUCAUAGCUUCUUGUCUGAUAUCUGUAUAUUUAGAUGGAAUACUCAAAAAAAAGGGAAAGUUGUGUUUGGUCAUAUUGAUGGAAGUCUGUCAAUUUUUCAACCAGGUAAUAAAAGUCAGAGACAUGUUCUGAGACCUGAAUCUCUUGAAGGGACAGAUGAAGAAGAUCCAGUUACAGCCCUGGAAUGGGACCCUCUGUCUACUGAUUAUCUUCUUGUGGCUAAUUUGCAUUUUGGAAUACGUCUAGUUGAUUCAGAAUCACUUUAUUGCAUUACGACAUUUAAUUUUCCCACCGCAGCAGCUUCUGUACAAUGCUUGGCCUGGGUUCCAAGUGCUCCUGGGAUGUUUGUAACUGGUGAUUCUCAAGUGGGUGUUUUGCGCAUUUGGAAUGUUUCAAGAACAACACCUAUUGAUAACUUUAAAUUGAAGAAAACAGGAUUUCACUGCUUACAUGUACUUAAUUCUCCUUCAAGGAAAAAAUUUUCAAUCCAGUCUCCAACCAAAAAUCAUUAUACAUCCUCAACCAGUGAAGCAGUCCCACUCCCAAAUUUAACACAGAAUCAAACAUUUUCUCUUCCUCCUGGUCAUGCAGUGUGCUGUUUCUUGGAUGGUGGAGUUGGACUUUAUGAUAUGGGAGCCAAGAAAUGGGAUUUUUUUAGGGAUAUGGGACAUGUGGAAACUAUCUUUGACUGCAAAUUCAAACCUGAUAAUCCUAAUCUUUUAGCAACAGCUUCAUUUGAUGGCACUAUAAAAGUCUGGGAUAUAAAUACAUUAACAGCAGUAUACACUUCCCCUGGAAAUGAAGGGGUUAUUUAUUCCCUUUCAUGGGCUCCAGGUGAUUUAAAUUGCAUUGCUGGGGCAACUUGCCGAAAUGGUGCUUUUAUUUGGGAUAUUAAAAAAGGCAAAAUGGUACAACGAUUUAAUGAGCAUGGAAAAAAUGGAAUAUUCUGCAUUGCCUGGAGUCAUAAAGAUUUCAAAAGAAUAGCAACCUGCAGUGGUGAUGGUUUCUGUAUUAUUCGAACAAUUGAUGGUAAAGUGCUCCACAAAUACAAGCAUCCAGCUGCAGUUUUUGGUUGUGAUUGGAGUCAAAACAACAAAGAUAUGAUAGCCACUGGCUGUGAAGACAAAAAUGUUCGGGUUUAUUAUGUAGCCACCAGCUCUGAUCAACCAUUGAAAGUAUUCAGUGGACACAAAGCAAAAGUGUUUCAUGUCAGAUGGUCUCCUCUGAGGGAAGGAAUUCUUUGCAGUGGUUCUGAUGAUGGUUCUGUUCGAAUCUGGGAUUAUACUCAAGAUGCUUGCAUAAAUAUUCUUAGUGGACACACCGCACCUGUAAGGGGAUUAAUGUGGAACACUGAGAUUCCUUAUCUACUAAUAUCUGGUAGCUGGGACUAUACUAUAAAAGUAUGGGACACUCGAGAAGGAACUUGUUUGGAUACUGUAUAUGAUCAUGGUGCAGAUGUAUAUGGUUUAACAUGCCAUCCAAGUCGCCCUUUCACUAUGGCCUCUUGUUCCCGUGAUUCUACCGUGAGACUCUGGUCCUUAGCACCUUUAAUCACUCCUUUACAAAUAAAUAUUCUGGCAGACAGAUCUUGGGAAGAAAUUAUCGGGAACACUGAUAAUGCUAUAGAGCGAGGCACUCCUCCUCUUUUGUGUGGUAAAGUUUCAAGAGAUAUUAAACAAGAAAUAGAGAAGGUAACUGGAAAUGCUCGAGCACAAAAACUAAGAUGGUUUUCAGAAUGUUUAUCACCUCCAGGUGGCAGUAACAAUUUAUGGAACUUGGUUGCUGUGAUAAAAGGACAAGAUGAUAGCUUACUUCCUCAGAACUACUCUAAAGGAAUAAUGCAUUCGAAACACCUGAUUAAAUUUAGAACAUCUGAAGCCCAAGAACUAACAACAGUCAAGAUGUCCAAAUUUGGUGGUGGUAUUGGUGUACCUACUAAAGAGGAAAGACUGAAGGAAGCUGCUGAAAUACACUUGAGAUUAGGACAAAUUCAGAGAUAUUGUGAACUUAUGGUUGAACUUGGAGAGUGGGACAAAGCUCUGUCAGUUGCACCAGGAGUAUCUGUGAAAUACUGGAAGAAGUUAAUGCAGAGGAGAGCUGACCAGUUAAUCCAGGAAGAUAAGGAUGAUGUCAUUCCAUACUGCAUAGCCACUGGUGAUGUGAAAAAAUUAGUCAGUUUUUUUGUGUCAAGAGGUCAACUUAAAGAAGCUCUGCUUAUUGCACAGGCUGCUUGUGAGGGAAAUAUGCAAACCCUACAUACUCCUACAACUAAAGGAUCGUCAUAUUCUGAUGAUGUCUACAAGGAAGACUUUAAUGAACUUCUGCACAAAGUCAGUAAAGAACUGGCAGAAUGGUAUUUUCAGGAUGGUCGAGCAGUGCUAGCCGCAUGUUGCCAUCUAUCUGUAGAUAAUAUUGAGCUUGCUAUGGCAUACCUGAUUCGUGGAAAUGAACUAGAGCUGGCAGUCUGUAUGGGAACAGUACUAGGAGAGUCUGCAACACCAGCAACCCAUUAUGCCUUAGAAUUACUAGCAAGAAAAUGCAUGAUGUUUCCAACGUGCUUUCCAUCUGUUGGAUACAGGUAUCCCUUUUGUGUGAAUAGGAAUUUGGCAGCUGAUCUUCUCCUGAUGACUCCUGAUAAUGAACUACAGUUAGUAAAACUCUGUGCUUUCUAUCCAGGGUGUACUGAAGAGAUAAAUGAGCUUCAUGAAAAGUGCAAGCUACCCACAGUAGAAGAAUGUAUGCAGUUAGCUGAGGCAGCCCAUGCAGAUGGAAAUAUAUUUGAAACUAUAAAGUAUUAUUUGUUAAGUCAAGAACCUGAAAAAGCUCUUCCUGUUGGUAUUUGCUUUAUUAAAGAAUGCAUCAGCAGUUCAGACUGGACUUUGGAUACCGUUUACCCUGUUCUUGACCUAUUGAGUUAUAUUCGUACUGAAAAAUUAGUCUUGCAUACAUGUACUGUAGCUCGAAAUGAGUUGCUCAUCUUAUGUGGUUAUAUUGGUGCCUUGUUGGCUAUCAGAAGACAGUACCAAAGCAUUGUUCCAGCACUUUAUGAAUAUACAAGUCAGCUAUUAAGACGUCGGGAAGUAUCAGUACCUUUAAAAAUUGAACAUCUUUCUGAGGAAUUAGAUGCAUGGAUAUCUUGCACACAGUCCAUAAACCAAUUAACAGAAGAAUCUCCAUAUACACCUCCUUCUGAUUCACAAAGAAUGGUUUAUUCAACUUUACUAAAGAGAAUAAAGGAAGAACCACUCAAAGGAAUUAUUGGACCAGAUUAUGUGACUGCAUCAAAUCUUCCAAGUCAUUCUGACAUUCACAUCUCUUGCCUUACAGGAUUAAAAAUCCAGGGCCCUGCAUAUUUCCUUGAAGAUGGAAAAUCAACUAUCUCAUUGAAUGAUGCUUUGAUGUGGGCAAAGGUGAAUCCAUUCUCACCUCUAGGGACUGGAAUACGACUCAAUCCAUUUUGA